AUGGCUGACGUCGUUGUUUCUGCCUUCUUCACUGUGUUUUUUGAAAAGCUGGCCUCCGAAGCCUUGCAAAAGAUUGCUCGUGCCAAGGGAAUUGAUUCCGAACUAAAGAAACUGAAGAGGUCAUUAAGCCAGAUCCAAGCUCUGCUUUAUGAUGCUUCUCAAAAGGAAAUAACUCAGGAAGCUGUUAAAGAAUGGCUGAACUGUCUCCAGCAUUUGGCUUACGAUAUAGACGACGUGCUUGAUGAUUUGGCAACCGAAGCUAUGCAUCGGGGAUUCACCGAUCAAUCUGGAGUCAUCACCAACAAGGUAAGAAAGCUAAUCCCAACUUGUUGCACAAAUUUCUCAUUAAGCACUAGGAUCCAUCGCAAGUUAGAUGAUAUUUCCACAAGGUUGCAAGAACUAAUGGAGGGAAAAAAUAAUCCUGGGUUAAGCGUGACAACAAAUGAAAAGCCAAAAAUUAAAAGAAACGAUGGUAGGGUAGAUGAAAUUGGUAUUGUUGGACGUGAAGGUGAAAAGAAGGCAUUGAUUCAAAAGCUGUUGGGGGGUAAUGAUGAAUCAUGUAAUCAAAACUUUAGCAUCGUGCCCAUAGUUGGUAUGGGUGGGGUAGGUAAGACCACUCUAGCUAGACUCUUGUACGAAGAAAAGGAAGUGAAGGAUCACUUCGAAGUCAGGGCUUGGGUUUCUGUUUCUUAUGAGUUUGAUAUCUCAAAUAUAAGCAAAGUUAUUUAUGAAAAUGUGUCUGGGGAAAACAAAAUUUUUAAAGAUUUAAAUUUGCUUCAAGAUGCUCUUAAAGAGAAACUUAAGAAUAAAUUAUUUCUGAUAGUAUUAGAUGAUGUAUGGUCUGAAAGCUAUGGUGAUUGGGAAAAAUUAGUGGGCCCGUUUCUUGCAGGGGCUCCUGGAAGUAGAAUUAUCAUGACAACUCGAAAGGAGCAAUUGCUCAGACAGUUGGGUUACGCUCAUCUAGACCCACUACAGAGUUUGUCAGAUGAUGAUGCUCUGUCAUUAUUUGCUCAACAUGCAUUGGGUGUAGCCAACUUUGAUUCACAACCAACACUAAGACCACUUGGGGUAGGGUUUGUGAAAAAAUGUGAUGGCUUGCCCUUGGCUUUAAGAACACUUGGGAGGUUAUUGAGGACAAAAACAGACGAGGAAGAAUGGAAGGAGCUGCUUAAUAGUGAGAUAUGGACGUUAGGAAAAAGGGAUGAGAUUGUCCCGGCUCUUAGACUAAGCUAUCAUGAUCUUUCUGCCUCUUUGAAGCAGUUGUUUGCAUAUUGUUCCUUGUUCCCUAAAGAUUAUGUGUUUGAUAAGGAGGAGUUGAUUCUAUUGUGGAUGGCAGAAGGGUUUUUGCAUCAAUCAACCACCAGCAAGUCAAUGGAACGAUUGGGUCUUGAAGGUUUUGAAGACUUGUUGGCAAGGUCAUUUUUUCAACAUGCACCUGAUGACAAAUCAUUGUUUGUGAUGCAUGACCUAAUGAAUGACUUGGCCACAUCUGUUGCUGGAGAUUUUUUUUCAAGGUUAGACAUUGAGAUGAAGAAGGAAUUUAGGAAGGAAACUUUGGAAAAGCACCGCCAUUUCUCAUUUGUUUGUGAGGAGUACAUGGUUUACAAAAGGUUCGAGGCAUUCAAAGGAGCUAGAAAUUUGAGAACAUUCUUAGCAGUGUAUGUUGGGAUGAAAGAAACUUGGAGAACAUUUUAUUUAUCAAAUAAGGUGCUGGAUGAAUUACUUCAAGAGUUACCUUUGUUAAGGGUCCUCAGUUUGUGUCAACUCAACAUAAGCGAGGUACCAAAAUCCAUUGGUAGUUUGAAGCACUUGCGUUAUCUUAAUUUAUCUCGAACUAAAAUCACACAUGUACCAGAUCAUGUCUGCAACCUUUAUAAUUUACAGACAUUGAUUGUUUCUGGCUGUGAGAGUUUGAAAAAAUUGCCCGAGACGUUCUCAAAGCUUAAAAAUUUGCGGCAUUUUGACAUGCGGGAUACUCCACUUUUGAAGAAGAUGCCAUUAGGGAUUCUUGAGUUGAAAAGCCUACAAACUCUCUAUGGGAUUGUUAUUGAAGGAGAAAAUGGAUUUUCAAUAACUGAGCUUAAGGAUUUAAAGAUUAUUCAAGGGAAACUUUCCAUUAAAGGACUGGAAAAAGUGCCCGGAUUAACGUAUGCACAGGAAGCAAACUUAUCUGAAAAGAGGCUAACCGACUUAGAGUUGGAAUGGAGUGAUGUAUUUGAUGGUUCUCGAAAGGAAGCACUUGAAAAGGAGGUCCUCACUAAGCUCAAGCCUCAUAAUGUUACUCUAAAAGAACUCAAAAUCGUGUCAUAUGGAGGUAUAGAAGUUCCGAGUUGGGUUGGGGAUCCCUCAUUUAAUCAGAUGACUCGUGUUUCGAUUAGUGGUUGUAAAAAGUGUACAUCUCUACCACCACUUGGGCAAUUACCAUUACUUAAAGAGUUGGUUAUUGAAGGCAUGGAUGAGGUAAAAGUUGUUGGUUUGGAGUUGCUUGGGUCUGGUCUUUCAUUCCCUUCACUUGAAAAUUUAACUUUUCGAGAUAUGGAUAGGUGGGAGGUUUGGUCAACCAGUACUGGGGUUGUCGGUACAUCAUUUCCAUGCCUUCAAGAGCUUCAAAUUGAAAGUUGUCCUAAUUUGGUUAGAGUCUCACUUGAAGCAUUAACUUCAUUGAGGGUUCUAACGAUAAUUGGUUGUGGCCACGAAGUGUUAAAAGUUGAAGAAGUAAGAAUGAGAGAGUGUAAUGAAAUAAGAUACUUGUGGGAAUCAGAAGUAGAUGCAAGUAAGUUUCUUGUGAAUUUAAGGACGUUGUUUGUAAGCAAUUGUUCAGAUUUGGUGAGUUUAGGAGAGAAAGAGGACGAGGAGAAUUGUGGGAGCAACCUAACAUCUCUUACAAGCUUGUCCGUAUUGGGUUGUGACAGCUUGGAACAUUGCAGCUGUCCAAAUAGCCUUACGACACUUUACAUCGAGAAUUGUAAUAAUUUAUUGGGAAAGGAGUUGGUAGGAGCACGAGAGAAGCAUGUGAUCAACUCAAACAUACUCAUGCUUGAUACUUUGUGUACAGUAGAUUGGACAAAUCUGAAAUCGAUCGCUGAAUUGAGUUCCUUCAGGCACCUCAGGCAACUUGUAAUAAUCAAUUGUCCAAAUUUGGAGUCAUUUCCUGACCACGAGUUGCCGAAACUCAAUGUCUUAACACAUCUGACAAUACUAGAUUGUGAAAGUGUGGAUGCUUCCUUUUCUCUUGGGCUUUGGCCUCCAAAAUUGUGUUCACUUAGGAUAGGGGGGUUGAAGAAGUCCAUGUCAAAGUGGGGCCCACAGACAUUUCCAACCUCACUUGUGAGCCUAUGUUUAACAGGUGGACAGUCAGGAGAUAAAGGAGUAGUAAAAGAGGCUCCUACGGGCCCCUCGUAUCACGUAUCCCCUUUGUUGAGAUAUCUGAAGAGUUACCUGAGGAGUAACAAACUUAAUCUGAAGUCUCUAUGUUUAAGAGUUAGGCUGAAAACAGAACACAAACAGGGGAGACCAUCCAAUGUUCCAACAUUUUGA